CUGGGACAGAGACAGAGUGCAUUAUGGAGGCUCCCAGGCAGCAGCAGGGCUCUGAGCACACUGUCAGGAUACUAAGUGCAGCCAUGGACAGGAGAGCAACUCGGUAAAUCUCAUUUAUGUAUUCCUCUCAUUCACCAAGUCUGCUAUCUGUAAGUCUCUCUAUGGUUCUCAUUUAUUUCUCUCUGCACCUCACUGUAUCCAUCGAUCUAUCUAGAUUCCUCUCUUUCUAUCUCUUUCCUUCUCUCUCUUUUUCUUUCUUUCUUCCUCUCUCGUUCUUUCUCUCUCUCUUCCUCUCUUUCUUUCUCUGUCUUUCUUUCUUUCUCUCACUCUCUCUUCCUCACUUACUCUUUUUCCUGUGUUCCUGCACCUUCACCCAGAUUUCUCUAUUCCUUUUUUUUCCACUCUCCUCUUGCUUUCUCUAUUAAUAUUCCUUCCUUUCCUCUCUUUAUUCCUUUCUGUCUCUCACAUUCUGCCUUUCUCUCCUGUAUAACAUUAUUUAUGUGAUGUUUGGGCUUUCUUUAUUUUCAUUCCCUUGUGGCUUUGUUGUCUGUCUGCCUGUCUUCUUUUACUUCCAGAAUUAUUGACAUCAGUCUCUUUUUUACACCCUCCCUUUGUCUCUCUCUUUACUUGUUCCCCUGUCCUUUAAAUCUCUCACUCUCUCUCGCUGUCUGUCUCUGAGUAUUCCUUCUCUUUCUGUCUCAUUCUCUAUUUCUCUCACUCCCUCUAUUCCAUAUUAACCACCCUCCUCACACCCACCCACCCACCCAGCACUGAAAACCAGCCUGACAUGAAUAAAUACAUUCAUUUCCCAUUUUCCCUGUUAAAAAGUAUUGUUUAAUCACUUACCUGCUAAGGAUCUUCAUAGGAGGAAGCAGUCAUACUAUCUCUAUUUCUCAGAACGAGUUACCUCCUUGCAGCUGGACAGAUAGUAUCAGAGUGCAGCAGAUUGGGAGUAGAAUUAACCCUUACUGAUCGGGAGUAGAAUUAACCCUUACUGACUAAGAGUAGAAUUAACCCUUACUGACUGAGAGUAGAAUUAACCCUUACUGAUUGGGAGUAGAAUGAACCCUUACUGACUGGGAGUAGAAUGAACCCUUACUGACUGAGAGUAGAAUUAACCCUUACUGACUGGGAGUAGAAUUAACCCCUACUGACUGGGAGUAGAAUGAACCCUUACUGACUGAGUAGAAUUAACCCUUACUGAUUGGGAGUAGAAUGAACCCUUACUGACUGAGUAGAAUGAACCCUUACUGAUUGGGAGUAGAAUUAACCCCUACUGACUGGGAGUAGAAUGAACCCUUACUGACUGAGUAGAAUUAACCCUUACUGAUUGGGAGUAGAAUGAACCCUUACUGACUGAGUAGAAUGAACCCUUACUGAUUGGGAGUAGAAUUAACCCCUACUGACUGGGAGUAGAAUGAACCCUUACUGACUGAGUAGAAUUAACCCUUACUGAUUGGGAGUAGAAUGAACCCUUACUGACUGAGUAGAAUGAACCCUUACUGAUUGGGAGUAGAAUUAACCCCUACUGACUGGGAGUAGAAUGAACCCUUACUGACUGAGUAGAAUUAACCCUUACUGAUUGGGAGUAGAAUGAACCCUUACUGACUGAGUAGAAUGAACCCUUACUGAUUGGGAGUAGAAUUAACCCUUACUGACUGAGUAGAAUCAACCCUUACUGAUUGGGAGUAGAAUUAACCCUUACUGACUGAGAGUAGAAUUAACCCUUACUGACUGGGAGUAGAAUUAACCCCUACUGACUGGGAGUAUAUUAACCCUUACUGAUUGGAAGUAGAAUUAACUCCUACUGACUGGGAGUUGUAUUAACCCUUACUGACUGGGAGUAUAUUAACCCUUACUGAUUGGGAGUAGAAUUAACCCCUACUGACUGGGAGUAGAAUUAACCCUUACUGACUGGGAGUAAAAUUAACCGUUACUGACUGGGGGUAGAAUUAACCCUUACUGACUGGCAGUUAAAUUAACCGUUAUUGACUGGGGGUAGAAUUAACCCUUACUGACUGGGAGUAAAAUUAACCCUUACUGGGGGUAGAAUUAACCCUUACUGACUGGGAUUAGAAUUAACCCUUACUGAUUGGGAGUAGAAUUAACCCUUACUAAUUGGGAGUAGAAUUAACUCUUACUGACUGGGAGUAGAAUUAACCAUUACUGAUUGGAAAUAUAAUUAACCCUUACUGAUUGGUAGUUAAAUUAAUCAUUACUUAUUGGGGUAGAAUGCAACACUAACUGAAUGGGGGUAGAAUUAACCCUUACUGACUGGUGGUAGAAUUAACCCUUACUGUGCCAAAUUCCUGUCCAAAAUCCCUGUAUGCGUGUAAUAUAAUAUAUUGUGUGUGUUUACACUGUUACUAUAUUUUUAAAAUGUUAUUUUAUUUAUUUUUACUACUGUGUGUCUAACAGACCGAACGAUCAUAAAAAGACUGUAAUGCACAUGUUCACAUGCAUUACAGUCUUUUGAUGAUCGUUUGGUCUGUUGAAAAAUAAUCAUGUGUAGUACUUUAAAUUAUUGCCUUCUAUUCCCCAGAAACUUAACAAUGUACACACCAAACGCAAGCAUACACACACACACACACACAUAUAUAUAUAUAUAUAUAUAUAUAUAUAUAUAUAUAUAUAUAUAUAUACACGUUUACAUUUACACACAUAAGCACACACGAAUGCACAUACAUAAAUGCACAUCAAUUACAAACAAACACAGGUACAUGCCUAUACACACCAGGAAACACAUGUACCCACCUUGGAGGUUACAGAAUAUCAAAAUCCUAUACAACAUGGGAUUCAUAUUAAAUAACAGCUCGCUGACACACAGGGGACAAUAAGGACAACAAAGAGAUCAUGGUAAGAAUAAAGUGCCCCUGGGGCAUUGCCCUCAUACACAGGGCAGGGGCUCUCUGCUGGGUAGUGAUCCUCUAAUAGAUUAUUGAGUGAGGUCACACCUACAAAAUGUCAAACAGAGACACAUCCUGGCUACCUCCAAAUCAUAUACGCAGUAUUAUAUCAUUCAUUCUACACCAGCAUACAUCAACAGAUACUAUGCAUAUAUUUUAUAUUGGUAUAUGUUCUCUCUCUCUCUAUUCCACCCUUUCUUUAUUUAUCUGUAUGUCUAUCUCUCUGUCUGUCUAUCUCUCUGUCUGUCUAUCUCUCUGUCUGUCUAUCUAUCUAUCUAAGACAUAUUUUUCUAUUUAAGCUUGUAAAAAAAAAUAUUAUUAUUAAAUAUAUAUAAAUGUGUGAAAUAUUUAUAAAUAAUUAUGAAAUAAUAAAUUUUCUUUACUAAGCGGUAUAUAACAGGUGAUGUUUGUACAGACUACAUGAAUACAUUAGUUUAAUAUAAAUAUGUACACUCUUCUUACAUUUGGUAACAUCGUAACUAGCAAAUAAUACGAUAUUUUCAGCCAAAUGUUGACCUAUUUGUGCAAUGAGAUGUAAGCUUGUGAUUUGUAAAGAAGGGACUGAGCUUGUCAUAUCUCGUUAUACACACCACAAACACUAUCUCCAAAUACAGACCCCUUAUAGCCCCAAAUACCCACAGCUCCCCAUACAAUGGGGUAAAGAAUUCACACAUUCAUAAGAAAGCACGGAUUAACCAGAAAAUGUAUUUAUAUUUAAAAUAAAAUAACCAUUGAAUUGAAAAUAAUGAUAAAACAUAACAAGAAAUAAGUAUGACCUAUAAACAUUAUAUUCUUUUUUUUUCUAAAAUUCAAACAUUUAAAUGACUAUUUAAUUUGCAUCAUUGUAUAAGAAUAUAAUAACAAAAUAAUCGCAAUAUUUAUCAAUUAUCUCCUUUUAUGUAAUACAUACCUGUACACACAUAUUAAUUCCCACCUAUAUAUAAAAAUAUAUAUUAAAAAAAAUUGAAGACAAUUCGUUUUCGUGUGUGUAUAUGUAUAUAUAUAUAUAUAUACGAAAACGAAUUGUCUUUCAUUUUUUAUUUUUUAUUUUAAGACAAAUCCCAGUUUAUUCGCUCAUAAAUUAAUUUGAUCCAACCGUAGAAAAACGUAUUUCUUAAUAUAUUCCCAUCUAGUCGGACAUAGAAUAUAUAAAAUAUUGUUAGAGUAAUUCUACCAGUCAUAUGUGCUUAAACUGACAUGAUAAAUAAAACAAAAUAAAAUGUUUUAGAAAAAGAUUAUUGCACGUUGUUUUCCGCAUUUUAUUGAACUGGAAGAUACAACAUUAAACGUGUGUGUGUGUGUCUGUGCUUUUGCGGUUUGUAUGUGUGUCUGUACGUGAGUGUAUGUUUUUGCGUGUAUGUGUGUCGGUGCUUUCGUGGUUUGUAUGUGUAUGUUCUGUUGCCUAAACAAGACAACACCGAUAUUAUUUAAUGCAAUGUACAGGUAAAUAAGUGAAUAACUGUGUUUGUCUUGUUGUCGAUACUGAGAGAAAUUCCCCCAUUAAUUAAGCCUUUGGUUCAAAUUACAAGUGAUCUCCUGGCGAAUUGAAAUGAAUGGUCUAUCCCAGUAGAAUGUCUUGCUACAUCAACAGCCUACAAAUUCAUGCUAAAAUUAAACACAUAGAGCUUUAAAAAAAUAAAAUAAAAUAGAUACAGUCAUGAAAAUAGUUAUAAGACUUGUAAAUGGUGUAUAUUGUUUUCAUCGGAGGGGAUUUAAUGAUGAGGGUAAUGUAUUGGAUGACAAGAGGUUUUGGGGUACAUUCCUUUGGUAUAAUGUUAGUAUAUGCGAUAGAUUCCACUGAUGCAUUUAUUCAAAAUACCAGAAGCGAUACACUGUAAUAGGUUGUAAACCAUUGGGUUAUUAAAGCGAAGUUAGGUGAUGAUGUAGGGUUAAAAGUUUUUUUUUUUCUCUGGUGUGGAGAAAUCCCUAGAAUUUAUUUGGAUAUAUGUCUGUAGAACAUAGAAUUAGGGGGAGGGGGUAGAAGGAGUGAAAUAACCCAUGAUGUUGCAGGCAAGGAGGGUGUGGAGGAAUGGUGACUGUGGGUGCCUAAAUGGGUGCUUGGAUUGGAUGUUAAAUGAAUAUGAUGUAGGGUUGGGUUUGGGUACUGCGUGUGGUGACAGAAGGGGGUAGACUUUGAGACUUUAGACCCUCCUCCAGAUAUGCAGCAGUCAAGCAGACACCCCUUCUUCUCCCCCCACCAGAAUUCAGAGCCUCCCCAACCGUGUCUUGGUAGAUGAAUGUUCUAGCUGUAGAACGUUUGGUCGGUGUUCAAUCCAAGGGUAAUUUUUUUUAUUCUACUCCCUUCUCCAUAGGAUUCUCUGCAUUGAAGUGCAGUGCCAUUGAGGGAAGUAGACACAAGUUCUCCUUUUCCAUUAUCUGGUUCCUUACAUCACUGACCUCCAUUUCUGCAUGAGAAGAAGGUAUUGGAUCUCGCUAUGGAGGCACCUCAAAGGCUCUAAUUACAUAUCAAGAAGGUGUCAUGCUUAGGGGGAGUCGGGGGUGGAGAAGAUCCAGUCUGAACAAGUGGAGGUAACAGUCUUCAUCAAGGCAGAGGCUGCAGAACAAGGAGGACACCUUGUUAUUUUUAGAUAUUGGGUGGUGAAAAAAGAGCCAGUAUGGCUACCAUGAUCAGGAGCAAAUUGACCAAUGUGGCAACCUCGGUAUCGAAUAAGUCCCAGGCCAAGGUGAGUGGCAUGUUUGCCAGGAUGGGCUUCCAAGCAGCCACUAAUGAAGAAGCAGUUGGCUUUGCUCACUGUGAUGAUCUGGACUACGAGCACCGACAAGGUCUACAGAUGGACAUCUUAAAGACCGAGGUGCCUGCUGGAGACACCCCAGCAGAAGGGGACAUCCACUACCAAAGAGAUGGCUCGGGGCCCCCAUCCUCUGCUUCUAAGGAAGAAGGACUUUGUUCUGAGCUUUCUUCUGUUGGAAAACCUAAAAUCACAGCUUGGGAAGCCGGCUGGAAUGUCACCAAUGCUAUCCAGGUAGGACUUCUUACUCUAACCAUUCAUGGUCACCUUCACCUCCCCAUCUUCUCCUCUCCAUAUUGAGAUACGUGCUCUACUGGUCCUUGUAGAUAUGAAAAGAGAAUAAUUAAAUUUUAAGCUCAGUGAAUCUUAGAGACUCCCCUCAGGAGACUGUGAUCCGUUUGAGGUCAUCUUUUCUUCAAGGUCAAACAGAUAUCUGACUUCGUAGGCCGAUUUUCAUGUAGCGUAUAGCACAAGGUGUCCAACAUUCCACAAGAGCAUUCUAUCCAUUUUCAAUAAAAACGUUAUAUGGUUUUAAAGGAACCCCCAAGAUUAGAGCUAAUCAAAGCAUACUGCAGGGGCCCAAGGAAUUAAAAAUAUACUAUUACUACAUGAAUUAAAAAAAAAAUACUAUUAAUAUAUAGAUAAAAAGACUCUGUCUCUCUAUCUAUCAUCAGUCUUUUUGUAUGUCUGUGUGUAUAUCUAUCUAUCUAUCUAUCUAGCUAUCUAUCUAUCUAGAAUCUAGAUUGAUGUGUUUUAGGUAUAUUAUAGUAAAAUCAGAUCAAAUCUAGAUAAACAUUUUAUUUUAUUUCUAAAAUAAAAAAUACACGUUACAAAAAAAAAAGGAAUUAUAAAAAUAAGUUAGAAAUUUGUCAACAUAAUUUAUGUCGAAUAAAUCUCAAUCAAUUAUUAUCACAAAACAUACAAAAACGGUUAAAAAACAUAUUGUACAUAUUUCUAAAGACAUAUAUUUCUGACUAGUAACUACGCAUUAUGACUUUAGUGUACUCGAUAUAAUCACAUAAAACAAUAUUUUUAUAUAAUUUAUCGUUGCAUAUGGAAGAAAGGAAAUAAAAAAGGGGUGAAAAAAGAAUAUUUUCCUCAUUUUAAUCUAUGAGUGAGAGCAACGAAAGGAUGUUGUGUUAAAUAUGUGAACUAAUCGACAAAUUUAAUUAUCACACCCCCUGUAUAUUAGUAAAACGAAUCCCCUAUAGACACAUUCCCUGUGGAUGGCAAUGUACAUUGUGUAGGGAUUAUACAGAUAGCCCUUAACAUACAGUCUGUAUAGGAAUGCAAUAAGCAGUCUGCAUCCAACUGAAAAUGUCUAGACCCAAACAAAUAAAAACGAAAAAAUAAAAUUCUAUAUAUAUAUAUAUACUUGUGUGUGUGUGUAUAAAUAAAUAUUUAUAUUCCAUUCUCAUUCUGGAAGAUUCAGUGCUCUGUCUGUUUUGUCAUCAUGUCAGUCUGUCUGUCUACCUCCAAGUAUCUAGUUGGUUUUUUUUUGUCUCUCACACCUCUCAUUUUUUUUUUACUCUUGUCUCUCACUUGUCUUUUUUUUACAGUCUCUCUUAUUCUCACCUUCUUACCCUAAAGCAAAAACGAAAAUACGUACACACAUUCACACACUCUCUCUCACACACGCACGCACACACACACACGUCAUACACAUUCACAUACAUUCACACACAUACAAAUACACACACUAUGCCAUACACACAAUGUCACACACAGACAAACAUACUAAAUAAAAAAAAACACCUCCCCCACACACAAACACACAUUCACACAAUGACAGACACACGGACAGAGACUAUCUUUCUAUAUAUUUCCCCAUAACGUUUCUCUGUUUUUUUGUUUUUUUUCUGACCCAACCAUCCACCUACCCACAUCCACAUCCAUCCAUCCCAUGCAUUAACUCUGAUCCUUCAAGAUGGCGUUUCAUUUCGGGGCCCCUAACACCUCAACUUCUGAAUUAUGAUCAUCACUCAGUGCAUCAUCAUUUCUCUGUUGACUGUCGCCCCCCAGUGGCAGAAACUAGCGCUGCACACUGUGCAUUAUCUGUAUGCUGGUCCUCAUUUUAGCGAAGCGAAUCUUUCAGUGCUGAUGUACUAUAGAGAGAUGGUUAUCUGAUGUGGGAUUAACGCCUUCAGUACCAAUAACAUGCUAGAACUGCCCACAGAACCAGAGAUUCUACUAACUUUGGUGGUUAGAGUUAAAUGUUGAUGCUAUGUAACCGGUUUAAGCUGGUUAGGGCUCAAAAAACACUAUAAUGCCCCAAUGUACAGUACUGAGAACUAAUAAUAAUAAUAAUAAUCAUAAUACAUACUGAUACAGCCAACAUGUACUCAUGUACCCAUAAUGGCACAUUAAUUUCAUUUUUUAUUAAAUUUAGUAAAAUACAUCAGUUAUGAUUUAAAAACAAACAAACAAAAACUCCAUGGUAAAAUAAAACCCCUACUCGCAAUCACAGCAAUGACCAUGAAUGAGGACAUGAAAAUUAUUUUAAAAAUCAAUCUGUAGAAUGCUGAAAGAGAUGGCAAAAUUCAGGCUCUAAUAAUCAAACUGUGAGUAUAGUUGAUUUGGAGAAUCUCCCAGAUCAGCUAUGUUUGCCUAGAUUUUACCAUAGAGAAUUCAAACUGCUUUAGUUGGGAGUUAGUCAUAAUUUUUUAGGGAGUACACCAGGGAGUGGCAAAUUUAAAGGGACACUCGAGGCACCAUAACAACCUAAUCAGAAUGAUGUUGUUAUGGUGAAAGGAGGGCCCAGGCAUCGGUUUACCAUUAGGGGUUAAAUCGUUAAUGAAUGGUUUUCACCCAAAGACUUUAGUCUUGCACCCAUAAGCUCUGCCCCCUCACUUCGUGUCAGUUCGAGGCUUCAGUAAGUCUUGGACUGGGCACCACUGAUUGGUUGACAGCAUCUCCUGACUCUCUCAGCCAAUCAGAAGCUCCCUACAAAAUGAAGUGAAAGUGAUAUGUACCUUCCUGAUUGGAGCCUUGAGCCGAAAAGGAAGUUCUUGUCAGGUGCUGACUCGACGAUUAUGGGGUUUGUUCAUAAUGGUUUAACCCCUAAAGGUCAGCUAGCACUGGGACUGCCUCCCACCAUAAUAAACUAAUUUCAAUAAAGUUGUUAUGGUGGCUGGAGUGUUCCUUUAAGACCAAAAUAUAUGGGAUACCAUUACUUACUCAGAAGUAAUCUGAUGUGUCUCUACAGAAAUACUGUAUGCUUAGAAAUAAUCUGCCAGGCGUAUCAUAAUAUAAAUGACAAUAAAUCAAAAAUCUCCAUGAAGAAGUGUGAAAUUAUGGAGUUUUUUUUGUCUGAUAUGAAGGGGUCAAAUGUGUCUUUACCCCUCUUGCCCCAUUAAAGGUAGAUUGUCACUUCUCCAAAAAUUACACCAUUUAAUAAAACAUUGAAAAUCACCUAUAUCUCGUGUUAGCCAUUUUUUCAUGAGAUCUGUUUUCUUUAAAAUUUAUAUUAAAGCAUUAGCAAAUGACAUCACAAUCCAGAUAAAUCCAGGCACAGUCAGGGCAAAAAAUGCAAAUGAGAAGGACAAACUGGAACAUUGUUUCAUUCUUCUCUUCUCUGUACGCUUUCUACAUGGUAACUGCCAGAUGCAAACUGCAUAGUUUAUAUCAACGAUUGACAGGGAGCUAAGAUGAUUGCAUCCAGUUGGAGUAGAAAGGGCCAUGGAUUUGUACAUUUAAUUUAAUUUUUUACAACCCUCAAAUGCUUACAUGUUAAUUACAAGGAUAAACAAUCCACAUAUUAAAAAAUAAAUCUGGGAAAUGACAAGCCCCUUUAAAUUUACAGGGAAUUCUGUAUAGUACAGGGAAUAUAGUAACCAAUACAACUUAACCUUGAGUUUUUCAGCAUUAAAUUAAAUAGAUAUUUUCAUAACACUUAAAGCUGAUCUUGUAUGAUUAAUAGACUUGUGUACAGUGAGAAAAUUUGAUUCGACUGAACAAUUAUUCUUAAAAAAAAUGUUUGUGGAUGCCCAAAUUUUGUUUUCGUAGACAUACACAGUAAACUUGUGCAUAGAAAGAAAAUUUGUUUUUCCAAAAAUAAUUUUUCAUAAAUAAAUUUCGUCCAUAUGGAGUUUUGGCUAAGCAGAAUUUCAGUAUCGAAAACCCGAUUUAGAAACAAAUCAGAAAAAAAAAUCAUGAACCAAAAGUGGUGGGAAUUCAACCCAUCGCCCAUUCGGACCAAACUUGGACAAAAGGCAGUCCAGAUCGAAACAAAUGUCCAUGUCUAGUGUUUAGCACAAUUUAAUAUAUCAAAAUGUGCUUUUAUGUUAUUUAUUUAAAUAAUGUAAGGUUUAUUGUUGUGGAAAUAUAAGGGCUAUUUUACCUUAACAAUUUUUAUUGGCAUCUCUUCCUGGGUGCAGUUUUUGAAUAUUAAUUAGUUUCCCUAAAUAUUAUAAUUGGGUAUAAAAUGGCCUUCAGAAAGAGUGGCUAUAAGAUAAGUCAGAGAUCUUUCCUUGAUAUUGCCGAUAUGGGCCUCUCUGCUUUUAGAGACACCAGAUAUAAAGUCACUAAAACCAAGCAAGCAGUCGUCACUAAGGAAGGCUAAAGCAGAACAAUUCUUGUGGCUAUCUGUUGACUUGCGUAUGCCCCCUCUCACCCUGAUUUCAUGGCUUCAAUAUUGGGAAACAUGAAAAUGCAUUAUAUGGAGCAUGAUGCAAAAACUCCUGGUGACCUGUUUAACUGUAGGUAUACACUUGGAGUCUAAACACUUUUAUUAGUGACUUGAGAAACAUAGCCUAGUUAAAAAAAUCUUUCAUUCUGCUUGAGUUUUUCCGCAUUUUCUUUCAUUGUUACACCUACAGCCACUUCAUCAAGAUUAUAUGUAACAUUUUGGGAAUUGAAAGUGAAUUCAACAUUUAAGCAAAAUAAGCUAAAUUGAAAACAUAGCUAGAUAUAAAUUUUCCAAUUCAGUUUUUUAAUAUAAAAUUUUAAAUUUACUUUGAAUUCGCAAUAAUUCACACCUGCAUUUUGAUAGAAUCCUGUUUAAAUAUAGCACAUUUGUCACAAUAAAGAAAUGAGUACAAGAUAGCCAUUUUUUUAAAUUAUAUUACUAUAACUUUGGUAUCUCCUUUAUCCUUGUGAUGUGGGUAUGUCAAGUGGAUUGUAUAUCAACAACAUUUUUUGUUAAUCGAAAAAAGACAAAUUUAAUUUUUUCAAUUAAUAAAGACUUCAAAUUAAUUUUCAUGGUAUCGCUAUUGUAAUCUCAAAUGAAUGACUAACUCUAGUUGUAAUCUUUAUAUAUCUAACCCCCAUUGUAGUUGGAUUUAUUUUAGUUUGUCUAUUUAAAUAUUUAAGGGUUAGGCCCUUUAUUACCUACUCUAGUCCAAUUUUGGCCACAGAGUGGGUGUUUUACACCUAACAUCUGUAGCUUUUUCUUUUUUCUAAAAAUUUUUAUUAGCUUUGUCCCAUAUAUAAACAAGUUGGGUACCCAAAGAAAUGAUUAAAGGGGCUUUGUCAUCAACUCACAUCUUGAACCCCAACCUAUUGAUCCAUCCCUCUAGACUCCCUCAUUCCUGCGAACCUUUAUUGGCUCUGAGAAUGAAGCAACUUACUCUUUUUCUGUUCUGCUGGUCAAACUGAUGCUUCCUGCAAGCCACCAUCUUUGACAAUGACAUGCCCAAGGAGCAUGCGUGAAUUACACCAUCCAUGCAUGUGGAGGACCUCUGGCAUCUUCCUGAGGUCAUAGUGCGAGAGUCAUCACAUGACUCACAUGACUCAUUGUCACUGGCUGUAAACUCAUUGUUCACCUAACGUCUAUGACGUGACACUGAGGUGAGUAGUGAGCUUCACAGCCAAUAGCAAUGUUGACAAAGUUGACAUGUUGCUUGAAUAAAGCUCCACCAUUUAUCAACCUGCAGUUUAUACAUAAGGAUAUAUUUUCCUUGUGUAUAACUUCAAAAAGAUGUAUCAUUUAAAAAAAAAAAAAAAACUCAAAUAUGGGACCUGCUCAGGGGGGAUUUUGUAUAUGCCAAAAGGAAAUAAAAAAAAGUAGAGCCACUUUGAUUGAAAAUGUAAUCCUUAUCAUGUGACCUAAAAGAUAAAACAGACAAAACAUAAAUGCAUUGCUUCAGGAGUGACCAGCAUCAGAGAUCCGAUACUUUAAAGAUCCAGAAGUUCCUAAAGAGCUGGUAUAUAUAUCAUUGCAAACUAAGAAAAGUUGUAAAGGUAGAAAUAUUUAGAAAUUAAUAAGGUUUAUUCAGAAUAGAACAAAAUGCAUCUACAGGAUUUAUUCAUAAAACCAGGAAUUUUAGAGGUCCAGGUCCAUCCUCGUCAUAUACUCUCUACCUACAUAUUAUGGCACUCUCUCAAUCACCUUCCGGUUGCCUUGGGAGGGAGACUUUGGACCCUUUAGUAGAAUAAGCAUGCAUGUUUGCUACAGGACACCCAUGAGUUUCAGGUAACUCCAGAGCAGUAAGAGAGAUAUGUAUCUGGAAAUACACUCAACCACCCCAUAACAGCCACCAGACGACCAGGGAAAGUACACACUGCAUAAGAAGAUUGUAAAGAGUAGGAACCCCUGACUGUGUGCCACUGCCUAUGGACUGAUCUGACGGGGACUUGAGAAGGGAAUUGCAAAUUUGGGGGCAACCUAUUAGCCUGUUAAUUGGCAUAAAGUAUGUAAUUCCCCACAGAUACAUUCUAUAUAACCUCCUGGUGACUUCAGUCAAUCACAAUUUAACAUUAAAAUGACUAUUUAGGCAUUAUAUUUGUAAUGUUAAAAAAAUUAUAAUAAAAAUGAUAUUCAUCUCCAAAAACCAGAAUUUUCCAGGUUUUGCUAUGAGCUACACCCAGACAAGGAAGUUGCAAUCAGAAGGUUCUCAUUCUUUUUACUGGUGUGUAAACUUAUCUAAUAAACCCCAAUCUAACAGAAUUUAUAGACUAUGUAGUUAAACAAACACUAUAGGGUCAGGAUCACAAAUAUGUUAAAAACACCAUCUAGCCCCACACACCUCACUAGCCCCUAAAUAUAGUAAAAUCUCACCUUUAUUCCAGUCUGCUGCUGGCUCUGCCCCUGAUCUGCCUGCUUGUCUGAUUAGGGGCAGAAGGGAUUCUCUGAGCCAAUCACAAUGCUUUACCAUAGGAAAGCAUUGGAUUGGCUGAGACUGUUACGAUGGCAGACUAGGGGCAGAGCCAGCUCAAGCCAAACACAGCCCUGGCCAAUUAGCACCUCCUCAUAGAGAUGCAUUUAAUCAAUGCAUCUCUAUGAGGAAAGUUCAGUGUCUCCAUGGAGAGAGUAGAGACACUGAAUGACAGUCACUCUGUGCAGCACUGCCCCAGGAAGCACCUCUAGCAGCCAUUUGAGGAGUGGCCAGUGGAGAUAUCCCUAGGCUGUAAUGUAAGCACUGCCUUUUCUCUGAAAAUACAGUGCUUACUGCAAAAAGCCUGAAGGGUAUGAUUCUACUCACCAGAACAAAUACAAUAAGCUGUUGUUGUUUUGGUGACUGUACUGUCCCAUUAAGUAGUUGCUAGCAAUUUCAUUUAUCACAGUGACUGAGUGGAUAUGAUGCUUGAGCUGAUGAGGCACUUUGCUGAUAUCAGCUCUAUUCUCAGUUGUGUUAUUUUGAAGGAGUCUUAUUGGGGAGGUAAUUAUUUGUGUAGGGUGCAGGGGAAGUACAGCGUUCUCCUCUGAUGCCAAGCAUUGAAAGGACAAACUUAUAGCUGCACCAGUUUUGCAGGUCACUGCAGUUAUAACCAAGUGUUUCCAGGGAGACAGGAGAUGGUGACCCCCUUCCAUUAUGACCUAUGCAAUAAGUAAAAGUUGUUAUGGUGUUUGGAGUGUUUCUUAGUCCUAAUCUAAUCAUGUUCAAUAACUAGUAAAGUAAGAGAGGAAACUAAUGGAAGCACAUAGUGUGUUAUAAAUCUAGACUCCAUGGAACAAUACAAGUAAAUAAAAAAAGGUCUAGAACUCGUAUAUCUGUUGAAUUAUUUAUUUUUUCACUAAGUUAGACAACUUUUCUUAAUAGACACAAAAUCUACAAAAGUUUCACUGUUUGUUUGCAUAAACCUUAGCAAAUACUCAAUGAGCAACCUAUGUUGUUGCUGGACUUCAACUUUUACAAUUCUAAAUCAGUCCAGUGUAGAUUGACUAUAGCCAGGCUUAUGUUUCACGAUUAUUUGUGGUGCCUCAUUUUCAUUUUGUUUGUGUUUUGCAGGGAAUGUUUGUUUUGGGAUUACCUUAUGCCAUUCUUCAUGGUGGAUACCUGGGACUGUUCCUCAUAAUUUUUGCUGCCGUUGUCUGUUGUUACACGGGGAAAAUCCUCAUCGCUUGCCUCUAUGAAGAAAACGAAGAUGGUGAAACAGUGAGGGUGAGAGACUCUUAUGUGGACAUUGCUAAUGCUUGCUGUGCACCAAGGUUUCCAAAACUUGGGGGUAGGAUUGUCAAUGUGGCUCAGAUCAUUGAACUGGUCAUGACUUGCAUCCUCUAUGUAGUGGUCAGUGGAAACCUAAUGUACAACAGCUUCCCAACCUUACCAGUUUCUCAGAAGUCUUGGUCCAUCAUCGCCACUGCUGUGCUCCUACCAUGCGCUUUCCUCAAGAACCUUAAAGCUGUGUCUAAGUUCAGCUUGCUCUGCACCUUAGCUCAUUUCGUUAUUAACGUCCUGGUAAUUGCCUAUUGUCUGUCAAGAGCAAGAGACUGGGCUUGGGACAAAGUCAAAUUCUACAUAGAUGUGAAGAAGUUCCCCAUCUCUAUAGGCAUAAUUGUCUUCAGUUACACCUCCCAGAUCUUCUUGCCCUCGCUGGAAGGGAACAUGCAAACUCCAAAGGAAUUCCACUGCAUGAUGAACUGGACCCAUAUUGCCGCUUGUAUCCUCAAGGGUCUCUUUGCCUUGGUGGCUUACCUAACUUGGGCAGAUGAAACCAAAGAGGUUAUUACAGACAAUCUUCCCUCCACCAUUAGGGCAGUGGUCAAUCUUUUCUUGGUAGCCAAAGCCCUCCUGUCAUAUCCAUUACCCUUCUUUGCUGCUGUGGAGGUCCUUGAGAAGUCUCUUUUCCAAGAGAGCACCCGAUCAUUCUUCCCAAACUGCUACGGAGGUGAUGGGCGGCUGAAGUCCUGGGGACUAACUCUCAGAUGCGCUUUGGUUGUAUCCACCUUGCUCAUGGCCAUUUAUGUGCCCCACUUCGCCCUGUUGAUGGGCCUCACUGGUAGCCUCACAGGAGCUGGCCUUUGCUUCCUCCUUCCAAGUCUCUUCCAUCUUAAACUCCUGUGGAGGAAACUUCAAUGGCAUCAUGUCUUCUUUGAUGUAUCCAUAUUUGUCAUCGGAUCCAUCUGCAGCAUUUCUGGCUUUGUGCAUUCUUUAGAGGGGCUAAUAGAAGCCUAUAGAUACAAUAUAGAAGAUUAAUUCUAAAAUGUUGAGGUGGCAGCCUUCAUCAGCAUUGCUAAUAAUUAUGCAUCAGUUUCUACUGACAGUCUCAUUUUAGCUAUUCAUACUGACCCCUUAUUGGCCUACUGGGCUGGCAAUACAUUGCAACUUAUCAAAGGUGUCCAAUGUAUUCAUUCCCUUUUGACAGCUUACCCAUGCACAUAACAUGUUAAAAUUAGGAGGAAAAAAAUGAUACCAGCUCAUAUCAAAAUAUAACUGUAUAUGGAUUGAAGGGAAAUAUUUUAUUUUUGUUAUAUUUAUUUAAAGUUGUCAUAAUUUGGACAAACUACGGUGGAUACAAAAAAAUAUAUAUAAAUAUAUAUUUAGAGACAAAUAUACUUGAAUGCAAAGGAAUGGGGAGAUUUUUAAAGAUAUCUGAUGUAAGGCUGGUUCUGCAUGUAUUUCAAACUCAUCAGCCAUUAAUUAAAACCAUUUAUUAGGCAAACCACAAUGAUAUACCAGCUUACUGUUGGCUGGAGGCUAUCUACAGUUAUUUUUAUUUUAUUUUUGGCUAAGCUGACCUCUUAACCCCUUCCGGGUGGAUGAAUAUUGAGAAGCAGUAAUACAAGUGAUGCAUUUUCAACGUGGUCGCCAUGUAAAAUUUACCCCUGAUCAAAUUAUCCAAACACCACAAAAAAAAACCCCCAACAAAAUAGUUGAGCUCCACUGUUGAAUCCCAGCAUUGUACCCCUUUUGGAAUAUUUUGUCCUAGGGGUACGCCCAUAACAGAGCCAGCACACACAAGGGAUUUGUACAGGGGUGGAAUUUCAUCAUGUGCAGUUUUUUCCAAAGUGCAAGGUGUGUUACCUGUGGAUGUGUGUGUGUGUGUGACGUAACUGUGCUCACAGACAAAUGUAUAUCCUUAAAUUUUAUUGUGGUACCUUAAUAUAUACAACAAUAAAGAGAGAUUCUCAUGACAACCAUGUGUACUGAACACUCACACGCGCAAGGUAAUCUAAAAGGUGGUUUUACUGUAUAUAUACGGAAAUUGUACUGUUGGCCUCAUCUGCGGGUUAAUUAUCAAUCAAUGGAACGUUCAUGUAGCAAGUCUGUGGUACUAAAUAAAAAAGUUCUUAUUAGAUCUUGAAGUCUUGAUGACAGACUUUAUUGAGAGAUUCUUGUCCAUUUUGAAUAAAUCCCCUUCAAAGAUCACUGGGUCUAGAUUUGGACCUAAAGUGGCCCUUUCAUGUUUUUUUUUUCUUUCUUUUGGUUUUCCUCUGC